AUGAGUGAAGCCAUGGGAACCGCUGGAUGUGUCCCUUGCCAUGGUGCCCUACAAGUAGGGUUUUAUGAUGAACAGUGUGGGGCCAACGAUGUGGAGAGCAUUGUACGUGGGGUGGUGACAACGAGCUUUGCUAGUGAUCAAACAAUUGUGGCCGCACUCCUUCGAUUGCAAUUCCAUGACUGCUUUGUCACGGGGUGUGAUGCAUCGUUGUUGCUGGAUGGGAACUCGACAGAGAAGAAUGCAUCUCCAAAUCGAAGUAUGAGGGGCUACGAAAUCAUCGACGAAGCCAAGGCUGCUGUUGAGGCUCUUUGCCCUGAUCUCGUCUCAUGUGCCGACAUCAUUGCCAUUGCUACAAGAGAUGCUGUCUCACUUGCCGGUGGACCUAGUUACAAUGUGCAGACAGGGAGAAGGGAUGGUCUAUCCGCUGCAACCACAGUGAACCUCCCCUCCCCCUCUUUUACAGUCUCUCAAUCCAUCGCUGCCUUCAAAACCGAAGGCUUCAAUGUUAACGAUAUGGUUCUCCUCUUGGGGGCCCACACCGUCGGGGUGACGCACUGCCCGUUAAUCCAAAGCCGGCUCUAUAACUUCCAUGGCACAGGAAACCCCGACCCCUCCAUGGACAAGACCCUAGCCUCACAACUAAGGACUAUAUGUCCGAACACUAAUCCUCCUCCUGGGACUCCAGUCUUUCUGGAUCAAAACACUUCAAGUGCUUUCGUCGUCGACAAUGACUUCUUUAAACAGAUACUCUCAAAUAGAGGCAUCUUGCAAAUAGAUCGAGCGCUUGCUCUCGAUCCGGCCACUAGGAACAUUGUGACAGCUUUGGCCUUUGUGUCCAACUUCAUGAGUGGGUUUGGUGAGGCCAUGGUCAAGAUGGGUGCACUUCAGGUUCUCACUGGUUCGCAAGGAGAGAUUAGGAAGUCAUGUAGAGUGGCAAAUUAA